AUGGACCGAUUCCCCCGCCUGCCGAAUACUGAGCAGCAUUCGGAUACCCCAGGCAAUGAGUCGCCAUCGUUCACUUAUGACUGGGUGGUUCCUGGGUUCCCUCAGCCGCUUCCCGCUGAGUUUUCGGCCAAUAUUGACCUGAUCCCUCCCCGCGAAGACCUGGUGAGCUCUAACUCAGGCGAGUGGUCCACAAAUGCGAAGGUGCAGAUUCCUCGCUCCGCACAAGCUGCAACCUGGACUAGCACCGGUCGAACUAGUCGGGCUUGCGAAAAUUGUCGCGAGCAAAAGGCUAAAUGCAGUGGUCAUCACCCCACCUGCAGCCGUUGUGAGGAUGCUGGGAUCCGAUGUUCUUAUAGCGAUCGAAAAAAGGAUAAGAUUAUGAAGUGUGUUGACGAGUCAUACGGCUGUAGGGAAAUUGAUGAUUUAAAAACACAAAUCCAAAAUUAUGAAGCCAUUAUUCGUCAGGUGUACCCGAGGUUAGACUCAUUGUCAGCCCAAUAUGUUGAUCAGACCCUCGGGGGUCAAUUAGUCAGAUUGUCGAGCUCUCCGGUAUUCCGCUCCGAGCCCCCGGCUGGCAUCGGCCACCCCCUGGCCAUUAUCGAUCAUACCGAAGAGGAUUUCAACCGCGAUGAAAACCAGGCACUGGGGUUUGUGGGAGAACAUUCUGAAAUGACAUGGCUUUAUAGACUCAAGCGCGACCUCGAUCUCGACCAGGAAACGUCGACACCCAUCAAAGAAUCCUCCAAUAGACCCUCCAUAUCAUCUCUGAACUACUUUCAAGAAGAUAUGGAGCCUUUCCGCCUGAACAUUGUCGACGAAUCGGAGACGCCACCACAACACAUUGCUGACAAGCUCGUCGAAUCUUAUCUUCGGGUGGUGCAUCCUGCUUUCCCCAUCAUUGGGAAGGGGGUUUUCUUGAGUCAAUACAAGUCUUUUUACUCGAACCCGAACUCACGCCCUGGCAAUCGAUGGAAAGCGGUGCUCAACUUGGUAUUCGCCAUCGCGGCAAAACACUCAACUUUAGUCAACAAUGCGACACAGGGAGAUAUCGGCGACCAUGGGGUAUAUUUUUCCCGGGCAUGGCGACUCAGCCUGGGUGACGCUGCUUUGCUGGACCAUCCGAACCUCCAACAGGUACAGGUGGAGGGUCUGACGGCUUUUUAUCUCCUUUCCAACGGAAAAGUCAACAGGUCAUGGCGAAUGAUUGGCAUCGCGAUUCGAUCAGCGGUGGCUAUGGGUCUGAAUCUUCGUAGCGAAAGCUUCAAUAUUGCCCACAUAUCAAAAGAGACUCGAUACCGUGUGUGGUGGGCACUUUUUAUGUUGGAUACAUUGCUAUGUGUGAUGAUCGGUCGUCCCCCUAGCUAUGGCAAUGAUUUUUGUACAACGCCGCGGCCCAUACCCUUUCGCGAGGAGGAUUUCGGGGACAAGGAGAUCCGACAACUUAUAACCGACUUUUCCAUGCGGCAGAACCUAUUGAACUCGCUCCUCUCGCAUAACAAUUCACCGGGGGCAAGCGAAAGCCCUGUGGAUAAUAUUUGGUCAGCGAAUUCUGGAUCUGAAAAAGGGAAACAACGUGCCCAGUCUAGCCCAAUAAAGGCUGAAUCCCUCACUCCGAAUAUCUCACUAUAUUUCUUAUAUGCGGUGGAUUUGGCCUUUCUCAUGAGGGAGGCCAUUGAGACCCUCUACGCCCCUGGAGCGACACGACGAUCCUGGGGGGAGAUGGAAAAUGCAAUUUCCGCCUUCAAUAAAAGUGCUGACAAUUGGCUCUCUCGUCUGCCAAUAGAGUUUCAAUUCGCACAACUCAAUUUAAAUCAUCUGUUUGCCCGCCAACGUGCCAGUCUCGCAUUCCGCUUCUACACCACCAAACUCGUCAUCUUACAGCCCUGUCUCCGCCGUCUCGCCUACCAGCCUGCCGAAUCAAAAUCUCCAGGUCCUUUCUGUGAAGCAAUGGCAAGCGUGUGCGUGGAAGCGGCUCGAAAAAUGCUAUCUACCCUCCCCGAUGAAACAGAUGCAUCAUUGCUGUUCGAGGUCUCUCCAUGGUGGUGUGUCUUGCAUUACGUCAUGCAGUCAAUGACCAUCAUUCUGGUCGAAUUCUUUUUGCGCACUGAGUCGGGCACGAUGGAAGCUGCGGAUCUAUUAGAUGACAUCCGAAAGGCGGUUCGCUGGCUCCGCGAAAUGGCUACGCGAGACCCUUCUUCCCAACGAGCUUGGUCUAUCUGCGUGGAAAUCCUCUCACAGCGCGGCCUUGACUUGCAUUUGGAAGUUAGUUGA